CCAAAGGCUGCUGUUGCAGGAAGAUCGCGGCACGGGGUAUCGGAGCCGGGAUCAGCAGCCGGGAAUCUAAGGGGGGGAAACUUGAACUUUUUUUUACAAAUACAGACAGAAAGUCACGGAUUGUUACUACGCUUUAAAUCAAAUACCAAGACGCCCUGCGUAGCUCUGCGGUGCAAUGGAGGACGGGAAGCCGGUGUGGGCGCCGCACCCGACGGACGGGUUCCAGCUGGGCACGAUCGUGGACAUUGGGGCGGACAGCUUGACCAUCGAGCCUCUGAAACAGAGAGGAAAGACCUUUCUGGCUCCCGUCAACCAAGUGUUCCCCGCCGAGGAUGAUGUCAACAAGCACGUGGAGGACAACUGUUCCCUCAUGUACUUGAAUGAAGCUACACUUCUAAACAAUGUCCGUGUGCGCUACAGUAAAGACAAAAUAUACACCUUUGUGGCAAAUAUCCUGAUUGCGGUGAACCCCUACUAUGACAUCCCCAAGCUCUACAACCCCGAAACCAUCCAGAAGUACCGCGGAAGGUCCCUGGGCACCCUCCCACCUCAUGUCUAUGCAAUCGCGGACAAGACUUACCGUGACAUGAAGGUACUGAAAUUGAGCCAGUCCAUAAUUGUGUCUGGGGAGUCUGGAGCGGGAAAAACGGAAAACACCAAAUUUGUACUCCGGUAUUUGACAACAUCUUACGGAACAGGUCAAGAUAUUGAUGAGAGAAUAGUGGAAGCCAAUCCACUGCUUGAGGCCUUUGGAAAUGCUAAAACUGUCAGGAACAACAAUAGCAGUCGGUUUGGAAAGUUUGUAGAAAUCCACUUCAAUGCAAAGAAUGCUGUGGUGGGUGGGUUUGUGUCCCACUACCUGCUGGAAAAGUCCAGAAUCUGCACUCAGAGCAACGAGGAGAGGAACUACCACGUCUUCUACAGGCUUUGCGCUGGUGCUUCCGAAGACAUCAGCCAGAAGUUUCACCUCAGCUCCCCGAACAGCUUUAGGUAUCUGAACCGGGGCUGCACCCGGUACUUUUCCACCAAAGAAACGGACAAACACAUUCUGCAGAACCGCAAAAGCCCGGAGCACCUGAAGGCCGGGUCGUUGAAAGACCCGCUGCUGGAUGACCACGGAGACUUCAGCAGGAUGUGCGGGGCGAUGAAGAAGAUCGGACUGGACGACACGGAGAAGCUGGACCUGUUCCGGGUGGUCGCUGGCGUCCUGCACCUGGGCAACAUCGACUUCGAGGAGGCCGGGAACACCUCCGGUGGCUGCAACCUGAAGAAUCAGUCGAGCCAGUCUCUGGAAUACUGUGCGGAGCUUCUGGGGCUGGAUGAGGAGGACCUGAGAGUCAGUCUCACCACCAGGGUCAUGCUCACAACAGCAGGGGGCGCCAAAGGCACAGCAAUCAAGGUGCCGCUGAAGGUGGAGCAGGCCAACAACGCGCGGGACGCCCUGGCCAAGGCGGUGUACGGUCGCCUCUUUGACCAUGUGGUAACCAGAGUCAACCAGUGCUUCCCCUUCGAGACCUCCUCCAGCUUCAUCGGGGUCCUGGACAUCGCCGGCUUUGAGUACUUUGAGCACAACAGCUUCGAGCAGUUCUGCAUCAACUACUGCAACGAGAAGCUGCAGCAGUUUUUCAACGAGCGAAUCCUCAAGGAGGAGCAGGAGCUGUAUCAGAAAGAGGGACUGGGAGUAAACGAGGUUCAUUACGUCGACAACCAGGACUGCAUAGACCUGGUGGAGGCCAAGCUGGUGGGCAUCCUGGAUAUUCUGGACGAGGAGAACCGUCUGCCUCAGCCGAGCGACCAGCACUUCGUGGAGACCGUGCACAGCAAGCACAAGGACCACUUCCGUCUGACCGUGCCCAGAAAGUCCAAGUUGACGGUCCACAGAAACGUUCGGGAUGACGAAGGCUUCAUCAUCAGGCACUUUGCCGGAGCCGUCUGCUACGAAACGGUAAAGUUUGUGGAGAAAAACAACGACGCCCUCCACAUGUCCCUGGAGUGCCUGGUGAGCGAUUCCAAGGACAGGUUUGUUCGGGAACUCUUCGAAAAUUCAAAUAAUUCCAAGGACUCCAAGCAGAAGGCCGGGAAGCUUAGCUUUAUCAGCGUGGGAAACAAAUUCAAGACCCAGCUGAACAUCCUCCUUGACAAGCUCCGUAGCACAGGUUCCAGCUUUAUUCGUUGUGUGAAGCCCAACCUGAAGAUGGUGAGCCACCAGUUUGAAGGAGCGCAGAUCCUGUCCCAGCUACAGUGUUCAGGAAUGGUGUCUGUUCUGGACCUGAUGCAAGGGGGCUUCCCCUCCCGUGCCCCCUUCCACGAGCUCUACAACAUGUACAAAAACUACAUGCCCCCCAAGCUGACCCGCCUGGACCCACGCCUCUUCUGCAAGGCCUUGUUUAAAGCACUAGGGCUGAACGAGCACGACUACAAGUUCGGACUGACCCGAGUGUUCUUCAGACCUGGGAAGUUCGCGGAGUUUGACCAAAUCAUGAAGUCCGAUCCCGACCAUCUGGCCGAGCUGGUGAAACGGGUCAACCAGUGGCUGAUCUGCAGUCGCUGGAGGAAGGUCCAGUGGGGCGCGCUGUCAGUCAUCAAGCUAAAGAAUAAGAUGCUCUACAGGGCGAGCGCCUGCGUUGCCAUGCAGAAGACGGUGCGUAUGUGGCUCUGCAGGAGGAAGCACAAACCGCGCAUCGACGGCCUGGUGAAGGUGCGGAACCUGAAGAAGAGGAUGGAUAAGUUUAACGAGGUGGUGACCGGGCUGAAGGAGGGCAAGCAGGAGAUGAGCAAGCAGAUCCAGGAGCUCGAUGCCUCCAUCAAUGCGCUCAUGGCCAAGAUCAAGGCAACAGUGAUGACCCGCAUAGACAUCGACCACGAGCAUCAGGCCCUGGUCAAGCGGUCGGAGCAGCUGCUGACCGCGCUGCAGAAGAAGAAGCAGGAGGAAGAGGAGAUGGAGAGACUGCGGCGCAUCCAGGAGGAGAUGGAGAAGGAGCGGAAGAGGCGCGAGGAGGAGGAGCAGCAACGCAAACAGGAGGAGGAGGACCGUCGCCUGAAAGCGGAGAUGGAGCUGAAGAGGAAGCAGGAGGAAGAGGAGAGGAAGAAGAGGGAGGAGGAAGAGCGGAGGCUACAGGCGGAGAUGGAGCUGCAGCUGGAGGCAGAGCGGGAGGAGGAGGCCCAGCGACAGGCCGUCCUGGAGCAGGAGAGGCGAGACCGGGAGCUGGCCAUGCGGAUCGCCCAGAGCGAGUCCGAACUCAUCACCGAGGAGACCCAGGCGGACACAGGCCUGCGCAGUAAUGGCACCUCAGGUGUUGGGUCCCCAGAGAGCGUAAAUGCUGUCACACUUCCAAAGACCAAGAGCUUGACAAUGGGCCCGCAGGUGCAGGCGACCAAGGCGGCAGCCGGUGCCAAGAAAUACGAGCUGAGCAAGUGGAAGUACGCCGAACUGCGAGACGCCAUCAACACCUCCUGCGACAUCGAACUGUUGGCUGCUUGCCGAGAGGAGUUCCACCGUCGCCUGAAGGUCUACCAUGCCUGGAAAUCAAAGAACAAGAAGCGUAACACCGACACCGAGCAGAGGGCCCCUAAAUCAGUCACUGACUAUGAUCUUGCACCCACGGUGAAAAACGCAUCCCUGCAGAACCCAGCCCCACCCGUGCCGCUCCGCCAUCACGAGAUCGCCAUGAACCGGCAGCAGCGCUACUUCCGGAUUCCCUUCAUCCGCCCGGGGGACCAGUUCAAGGACCCCCAGGCCAAGAAGAAGGGAUGGUGGUACGCCCACUUCGACGGGCCCUGGAUCGCCAGGCAGAUGGAGCUCCACCCGGACAAGCAGCCCAUCGUCCUCGUAGCGGGGAAAGACGACAUGGAGAUGUGCGAGCUAAGCCUGGAGGAGACGGGCCUGACCAGGAAGCGUGGAGCGGAGAUCCUCCCGCGGCAGUACGAGGAGAUCUGGGAGCGGUGCGGCGGGGUGCAGUACCUCCGUAGCGCCAUCGAGAGCAGGCAGGCCCGGCCCACCUACGCCACCGCCAUGCUGCAGAGCCUCCUGAAGUGAAGCGCCGAGCCCCAGGGCCCCCGGGUGUAUGCAAGAUCCUGCUGUCUCAAAGGGAAGAGGAGGGGAACUCCCCGUCAAAGAGGGCAUUGAAAAUGGAAAACGUGCUUUCGACUGGGGGUGUCCACAAUACAAAUGAACAAUUUGAAAUGAAAACGUUUCGUUUUUUUUUUGUUGAUGUUUUCUUUUAGUUUCAUUUUUCUUUUCUCAUAAUUUUUUCUUUCCCGCUGCGAAUCUGUGGGGAGAAAGUGGGCUAGCUAGACCUACACGUGGUUUUGUGUUUCACACAAAUCAGAUUUUCCGCUUUAAUCUCGCUCCACCUUUAACUGAGAUGCCUUAAAAACUACUUUUUGACAAGGUAAUUGCUGAAAGUAGAAACGGUUUUAAAGCUGCUUCUCCAAAAGAAACAUUUUUUUAUAUAUGCCGUAUACAUAAGAUUAAAGUAGAUAUCAGUGUUGACAUGUUCGAUUAUUAAAAUAGCUCACGUUAUUAAUUUGGUUCUGUUCACCUAUAAUUGUUUUGUUGUGGCUCAGACUGAAAUUAUUCCAACAGCAUAGUUUUCCUUUAGUUUUUUUACAGCAAAAAAUUUGCACAAUACUCGGUUGACUGGAAAUGUUCAGGGGUAAAUCUUUGGAAUACAUGUUGUGUUUUGGACAGACUGUAUAUGCACUCUUAGACCUCACUGUGUUGACUCCACAUGUCGGAAAGCAGUCCUAUAUAUAGUGCACGUUCCAUACAGCACAUUAGAUUUACUAGCUUCUAUCAUGAGACACCGCUGUUUGUCAGGUCAGUGGCCCGAGGCAGUGUGUUCCACUUCUGGGAUGGAUCUUUUUGUUCCUGUUAUUUCCACAUCCUGCUACUUGUAAAACAGAAUGUUUAACUAACUUUUUACUUUGUCUUUGGCCCUCCUUUUCCCUGUUGAAAUCCUAUGGCGAUUUCACAAGUAGGGAAAAAUAGUCAAAUUAUGUCUGAUCUCUCAGUGAAGUCACUCAAGCCCAACAAACCUUUUCUACUGUCAAGGGUACGUUUGUGUAUCUAUAAUUUGCUCUUUCUUUCAUGCUCACAAAUAAAGUUUGGCAUUUCCAAACACGGAUAAUUAUAAAGUUAUAUAAAUUUAUGCAAUAAUUAAAGUGAGUAAAUGCAAUCUAAAGAUGGUAUGAAAGGUUUUUUUUAUGCUUUGACAUAGAUCAGAAUAGAAUGUCUUUGAUAUUGAUAAAAAGGGUGUCAUAAAUAAUGCAAUACAAGAGAUACUGUAUAUUUUAAGGAUGGAGGAUGUUAGCCAUCGAGACCAAGUAUAUUAGGCAUGAUUGGUGAGCCUGGUGUGAUUGACCUUUGGGAAGAGAGCGCUCUGAGCUAUAUGUAGUAGCUCAAAGCUAGCUGAGAGUGACAUCACACAGCUCAUUCAAAUAUGCAGGUCGUACUGUAUCCCCCUCCCCUAACCGCCCCGAUGCUUUUACAUUCCAUACAAGCAGGAUGAGUCUUAUCUCUACAGAGAACCCGACUCUCUACAGAGUCUUCUCCCCGACAGAUUUUAGGAUUGACUUUAACAUUUAUACGUCAGAGAUUAAAGGGGUUGAGGCAUUCAGCGAAAAUUAGCGUCUUAAUAAAACUGGAGGCUCCCAGCGCAAGCUUGAUUACUCGCUGUCAAGGGUGGCAAUUUCUUACUUAAGACUGAGUAAAGUAGACCAGAGCAGCCGUCGUUUAAAAACACCAUAUGUGUGAGACAAUCUCAUGCCAGGCUGGGCCCUCCUCCUCCUCCACCUCCUCCUCCAGGCAAGCUUGUUCGCGGCUCCUUCUUUCGUUGCUUAGGUUCACAGGGUCGUCUGCUGCCCGGCUCAAACAGCAGGCUCGAUGGCGUGAAUGUAUUUGGUCUCUCAUCUCACAGCCUCGCGUCAGAAGGUGACUCUUAACCCAGGUCUGAUUAUUUAUUCACAAUUCGAACGCCGAUGUGAUUGCGUACAUCUACUGGAUACAUUCUAAUGUACAGCGCGGUAAAUUAAUUAUGAUUAUGUGCUCUUUUUUGUUUUGUUUAUGCCCACCUCCACCCACAUCUGCCACAACCACAGCCCCGACUCUACGUGUUCACCCUUGUGGGUUUUCUAAUGCUGAUUUCUAACUGAUGUGCUGCAAAGCAGAAAAAUAAACACAUUCCAUGUUCGA